AUGUCCACGUCCGUAAAUUACUCAAGCUCUUCCAGAGACUUCUUGGCCAAUCACACGAAAGAGAAACUGGAGAAAAGCCAACAUACGUGCUCGAAAUGUCUAGCUACAAACGUGCUGGAGGUCGAGGUGGAGACUAGUCCUGGGGAGCCUUCAGAAUUGGACAUGGGCCUAGCUCCUGUGGAUAACGGGCGACAAGCAUGGAUAUUUGUAUUCUCAGCAUGCAUUUUUGAUUCAUUCAUCUGGGGGUGGAAUAAUACUUACGGACUUUUUCAAGAAUACUACGCUACGCAUCCCCCUUUUGAUGCCGCUUCUUCUGGUGAAAUAUCAAUUAUUGGCACGACUUCUGUCGCGAUUCAAUACAUUGAAGUGAUAUUAAUCAUUGCUCUAUUCCAAAGAUACCCAGAGCUUCCUAAGCCGUCAAUGUGGGCAUCUCUAGCGAUGUGCGUCGGCGCCUUGAUUUUGUCAAGUUUUGCUACCAAGGUGUGGCAGUUGAUCAUACUCCAAGGCAUCGUCUUCGGUAUUGGAGCGGGGGUGUUUUACGCGCCCAUUCUGAUAUGGCUGUCAGACUGGUUCGUCGAACGUCGAGGACUUGCAGGUGGAAUUAUUUUUGGUGGCUCAGGCGUGGGAGGCUUUGUUCUUCCUAUAGCCAUGGGUUAUCUUUUAAAAAACGUUGGAUUUGGAUGGGCAAUCCGAACUUUUGGACUUGUAUUGGGCGUCUGUGGCGGUAUCGCACUUCUUGGAGUCAAUCCACGAUUACCUCUGCGCAAGCCUAUAACAUAUCUUCAUAGAAAGCCGUGGUUUCCAAAAGAUUUGUCUCCCUUUAGAAAUCCUGUAUUUCUGUGCAUGAUGGUUAUCAAUUCUGUGCAAGCUCUAGGGUUCUAUCCUGUCAGCAUAUUUCUCACAACAUACACAUCGUAUCUCUCAGCUGGAACCUUCACUUCGACCGUAACACUUGCACUUUUCAAUGCUGCGUCCGUUAUCUGCUAUGUGCUCUUUGGCCGAAUCUGCGAUUCAUUCCCGUACUCGUACGUAAUUUUUACAAGUGGGUUUGUCAGUGCAUUGGCUGCUCUGCUACUUUGGGGAUAUGCGUCCACACUCGGUAUUAUUUUUGCCUUUACGGUGGUAUUUGGUGGUUUUAACGGCGGAUUUCCUGGAACAUGGCCUGCCGCUGCGUCAGAAAUAGGAACUCGAAAUGAAGUCACAAGCUUAAUGAUGGGGACCUUUGCUAUCGUAAAAGGCAUAGGAGCUAUUGUAGGACCUGCUAUAGCGGCGACCCUACGCGAUAGCAACAAUGAUUCCCCUGCUAGAUAUGGAGGCUUUGGUUUCUUGAGAGUUGAAAUGUUUGUCGGUGCAAUGGCGGUGGCCACAAGUAUCGGUGGACUUGCUCUGUCAUUUAUCUCCGUAUCAAAAAGAAUACAAAAGUGUAGAUAG